AGAGGUCGUUAGAGACUACACUCCUUGCGUCAACAAAGUCAUUCGUAGUAUAAAUUUUCCGUACGGGUAUGUAAGCUUAUUCUGCAUCAAACAAACUUUGGAUUUACUUUUAAAAUUUCAAGUUCGGUAUUAAUUCCGAGAAAAUACACGUGGACGAAGACGAACGUUGGGAUUUCAUCUUCGCUCAUCAUCAGGAGUGGCCCCGAACUACUACACGAAAAUGUCUUCGACCACUACUGCGGAAGAGGCCGUCGUCAAGCCUACGGUCGAAGACGCUGAUGCCGUCGGCGGGCUCGGUGCUGGCGCUAUCGAGAGAAAAAUCGAAGAAUGCGGCUCCGGAAUUGCAGCUGGUGGUGAAACCGUAGAAAUCAAGAAGGAAGAAGUAGUGGUCUUUUCAACCACGAAAGAAGAGACAGAGAGGGCGAUCGAAAGAACAGAUAAACUACUGGAGGAGAAGAAACUAGAGGAACAAAAGGAUGCUUCUUCUGAGGAGGACGAGAAGAGAGUAGACGUUAACGCUGAAAAAGUAGUAGCCGAUGAUGUAGAGAAAAACGUAGAAGACAAGAAUCAGAAUGAAGAGCAAGAAAUAGAUGUAGCGAAGAAGGAAGACGACGAGGAUGGUGAGCAGAAAGCCGACACUACCGAAGAAGAAACGAAGAAAUCCACCAAGACGACAACCAAUUAUCAGUCCUUCUCCAAUACUAGUGGCCAUAGCUCCAAUGAGAACAAUGCUAGCACCAUUAACACACCCUCUGCGCAAAAGGGUAAGAAAGGAGCUAACAACAAGGGCUGGAGCACUGGUAGUGGUUUCUAUGCUGGAUUUGCAGGCGGAAAACCUAGUUUGGACAAGAACUCCAAAUCGUCGAAAGGAAGCAACGGCAACCUGUACAACAGUUUUGGAGGCAAGAAGGGCAUGCAGAACGGCUUCGCAGGUGGUAAGGGAUAUGCAGGUGGUAUGGGCGGUAAGAUGAAGAACGGAUGGAAAGUUAAGGCGAUGGAUAAAUUAAAUAGUUUUUAUUCUAUCUCGUCAUGAUGAAAGAAGGAGACAUGAUCCAGACGUGAUCUGCGUCUAGUUUGGUAUUUUCAGAUGCGCAUUGCAGGCCGUGGACACAUAACAAACUAGGUUAAGAUCGGUGUCCUUCCGUUUCUAACCCUAGCAGCAAAAAUGGCUACAAGGGCGACCAUAACAGAUAUGGAGGUAGCAACGGUAAAGGCGGCAACUACAACAGCUUCAACAACAAGGGUGGCAAUUUCAACAACAUGAAGGGCAACAAGGGUAAGGGCAAGAGAAAGCUCGGCAAGGUACAGGACGCGUACAUGGUUCAGCUAAAGCAGCAAUUCGAGCGAGAUGACUGUUAAGAAACAUCCCUUUACGUUUUUCAUCCCUUGUUUACAUCAAUCUAAUAGAAGAAGUCGUGAAAACAAUAACUGAAGAAACCUUCAUCAUCUUUAAACCUUCUAACCUUCGUAUGAGACGACGGGUAGGUUUCUACAGUCGGCAGCUCGAGUCCCGUUGUUCGAACCUCUGGUGCAGCAAACUCUAGCGCCGCAUAUGGUGCCCCCGCAGCCGCGACUCAUCGCGCCGUGGGGUGCGCCGGGAAUGAUGAUGUGCAUGUCCUAG